UUUCCGGCGUUAUCGCGUAAUAAUUAUAAUAGGCCCGUAAAACCCCGCCGUUUCCGAAAAGAGAUUUAUUGGAAUAAAUGAAUAAUAAUAAACAAAAUAAUAAUGAUGUUCGUAGAAUAGAGGUUGAUGACGACGAUGACGAUACAAUUAUUACGGUUGACUAUAAAAUAUGUAAAUUCGUAAGAAAAUGCCGUACACGCGUUGACGAGACUCCACCUGCCACCUAGAAAUGGUCGUGUGCAAUUUAUUGUUUUUAACGUCCGUUUUCGCGCUCUCGUCACCCGAUCGCUGCUGAUUAGAAGACAUUUUCCAUCGAUAAAAUAUUUAAAUAUUCAUCCGGAAUUCAGUUUCCACUUUCCAUUAUUUUCGCUCGCCAGUCCUGUGCGUGUGCGGGUGAAACAUGAACUUCGUCGUCGAUCUGAAUAACAAGACAGCCGGCCGCGACAGAGUAGCGAGGUUUGUACAAUAUGGUUCAAAAACAACAUGGCAUUACAUGGAAAAAAAUGACUUUGACGUCAAAUCAAUUAAAAAAUUCAAACAACUCGAACAGUCCUUGGCAGCUUUUCGUAAAGUAUUAAGAUUUGGCCGCUUUGUUGAUUCAUUGCAUACUGCAUUGCGGACAGUUAAUCAUUCAGAUAAAACUAUUAGGUAUUGUGUGACAUUUUCAAAAAUAGCUCAUUCUUUGUAUUUGUUUUGCGACCAUUGCUUAUGGUUGAACAGGAAUAACUUUUUACAAAUAAAUGCACCAAGAUGGGGUCAAGCAGGUAAUAGAUAUUGGCUACUAUCUAUAAUAAUGAAUCUUGUCAGAGAUGUUGUAGAGUUGAACAAUUUAUUUAAAGCAAUCCUGAAAAAAAAAAUUCUAAACACUUUGAAUAGAAAAGUAGCUCCUAAAGACGUCUUUACUGGUGAAGCAGUCCAAUUUGUUCGUAGUCAUAAAGACUUGUUAAUCGAUACUGUAAAAAAUAGCUGUGAUAUAAUGUUACCAUUGUCAAAUUUAGGAUUUGUUAGGUUAAGCCCAGGUACAAUAGGUGUAGUUGGUAUGAUAUCAUCAGUGCUCAGUUUAUACACACUGGUGGACCAGAAAGCCAAGUUACCUUAUACGUGAACGAUUUGUUGUCAUUUAAAUUUACUUUUUGUUAAGUCAACAAAUACCUAUCAAUACAAGAUUUUAAUAAAAAUAAGGGUAUAUGUUAUAACAUAAGUUUAAUUUGUCAAAUAAAAUAUUUUUAUUAAUUUAUUUGUAUAUUUUAUACUUGUAUUAAUAUAAUAAAUAAAAAUCAACUUAAAAAUGUAUAAAUUUUAUAUUGUGUAUGAAUUUUACAGAAAAAAAUCUUAUUAUUUUUUAUUUAUUUUGUUAUAAAUGUAUAAUAAUAAUAUGUAAUUUAUAAGACGUAUCAUCAAGUAUUUUAAAUAAUUAAGUGAUAAACAAAAUUAUAACUUUAUAAGUCUGUUGGAAUAAUUUUAAAUUGUUAAAGGUCUUCAACUAUUGGAUUUUAUGGUAUUUGGAGGGUUGUUGAUUGACCCGUUAAAUAAUUUAAUUUAUAUGGUAAAAAUUAAUCAAUAUAAAGACAAAAAGUGCUGAUAUAAUAAAGUGUUUUCCAUUUUCA